GGGAAGGGUGGGGUGUGGGGGCGAGGCGGCGACGAGGGCGGCGACACUCUCCUCCCCUCGGCUCCACAGCGUGGGACGGCGCGAACGAGGUUUCGGAGGGAUGUCCGCCUUCUCCGAGGCGGCGCUGGAGAAGAAGCUGUCCGAGUUGAGCAACUCGCAGCAGAGCGUGCAGACCCUGUCCCUGUGGCUCAUCCACCAUCGCAAACACUCGCGGCCCAUCGUCACGGUGUGGGAGCGGGAGCUACGCAAAGCCAAACCCAACAGGAAACUUACUUUUCUCUACUUGGCCAAUGAUGUCAUUCAGAACAGCAAAAGGAAGGGGCCAGAGUUUACAAAAGAUUUUGCACCAGUAAUAGUGGAGGCAUUCAAGCAUGUUUCAAGUGAAACUGAUGAAAGUUGUAAGAAGCACCUUGGGAGAGUGUUAUCUAUUUGGGAAGAACGAUCUGUUUAUGAAAAUGAUGUAUUAGAGCAACUUAAGCACGCUCUGUAUGGAGAUAAGAAGACGAGGAAGAGGACUUAUGAGCAAAUAAAGGUGGAUGAGAAUGAAAAUUGUUCCUCUCUAGGGUCCCCAAGUGAGCCACCACAGACUCUCGACCUUGUUAGAGCAUUACAAGAUUUAGAAAAUGCAGCCUCAGGUGAUGCAGCAGUCCAUCAAAGGAUAGCUUCUUUGCCUGUUGAAGUUCAGGAAGUAUCUCUGCUUGAGAAAAUAACAGAUAAAGAGUCUGGAGAAAGGCUUUCUAAGAUGGUAGAAGAUGCUUGUAUGCUGCUGGCCGAUUAUAAUGGCAGACUGGCGGCAGAAAUAGACGAUAGAAAGCAACUCACUCGAAUGUUAGCAGAUUUUCUUCGUUGUCAAAAGGAAGCCCUUGCAGAGAAAGAACAUAAAUUGGAAGUGCAUAUUGGACACGGCGUAUCUUCUAUUGAUGCCAUCACCGUUAGCAUAUUCUUCCGGUUAAAAAUAAAAUCAAACUCCAAAGCCUCAUUGUCUCAUGUUUUUGAAAAUUGAAGAGCGAAGCUUUAUUGUUCUACUUUAAUACCUGCUUUCUCACUUUGGAUGUUGACUGUCAUUGGAUUCAAAAAUAGAAUUUAUAUUUGACGUGUAAAUGUAAAAAAUAGAUCACCCCCACCCCCAGCCCUUUAGCUGGUGCAUUAUAGCCAAGUUUCCUGGAUAAUAGUCAUGCGCAGAGCCGAAGAUGGCAAUGCUAGCAUUUACCACGUCUCCGGAGUACUGUCGUAGGCACUUCAUAUAAUCACCUUGCUCAGUCUGCGCUGUAGGGUGCGUUAUUAGCCAUACUUUAUAGUCAUGGAAGUCAGGCAUAGGGAGAUAAAGUAGUUCCCACAUUUUCACACGGUGCGAGUGGAUUGUUUAGAGCCCAGACACAGUCUUCAGUAUCAGUGCGUUCUACUUGAAAAGCCAUCCUGGCUUCCUGUUUUUACAGAAAGAAGUAUACCCCCUUUGCAAAACAAGUGUUUCUCCAGCUUUCUUGUCUUUCCUGUUCCAUCUAAUCACUUGGCUUGACAUAAAGUCUUGGAGAGAGUUUAGUGUUCAGUACAUUUGAGUUUAUAUUGAGAAAACCACCUCAGUUGUGACGAGAUUUUUUUUUCUUUACUUUUUUUGGUUUUUCAAGACAGGGUUUCUCUGUGUCAUAGAACUCACUCUGUAGGCCAUGCUGGCCUCAAACUCAGAAAUCCCCCUGCCUCUACCCCACCAAGUGCUGGGAUUAAAGAUGUGUACUACCACUGCCCAGCUGUGACAAGAUUUUUUUGUUGUUGUUUUAAAUCUUUCUGGUUUUUCAAGUCAGGGUUUCUCUGUGUAACCCUGGUUGACUUGGAACUCACUUUGUAGUCCAGGCUGGCCCCAAACUCAGUUCUGUCUGCCUCUGCCUCCGAGUGCUUAGUGUGUGCCACCAUGCCCGGCUCAUAAUCUUAUGUUUAAGAAUUCUAUUUACAUAAACCAGGAAGUUUAAAAUAGCAAGAAUUCCUUAUAGAUUGUCAUUGGGUAGUUGUCACUCUCCUUGUAAGAAGUGACAACAAGUUGGUAUUUGCACAUGCUUUGUAUUAGAAGUCAUUAUCACCUGACCGACUAAGGACUGGAAGGUGAAAGUGUCUGGUUUGGGAUCAGCUGUGAUGUCUCAGGGCACAGCCGGAAGGAGUCUCAGUUAAACUGAUUAUGUAUUAGUGUCACCAAUUACUCUUUGUUUGAGAAUGGAACAAAAGUAUCAGUUUAAGAAGUGACCGUUUAAUGUCUCGAGGAAGCCACUAUUAAAGCAUUUGAAAUCACUGAAAAUUUUUUAUACUAGGUAAUUUGUGACACACUAGUUUGUUAUGCACACCUAGUAGAUUGGUAGGCAGAUUGAUUGAUUUGAUCUGAAAUGGGUUGGAUAGAUUGAUUUGAUCAGAUAGAUAGACAGAUAUUGGUAGAUUGAUAGAUUUGGCCAGGCACCUCAAGCUUCCUGUCUCAGCCUCAGGAGUCCUGGGAUUGUAUGUGUUAUCACAGUAGAAUGAUUUAAAGUGACAUUUUCAUUUGAUGUUUUUGGAGAGGAAGCAGUGUACAGAUGAGAAACUUUUCUAUAUUAGCAAGAUUCUUGAUUGCUCAGCUUCCAUAGUACAGCUUGUGGACAAAACCAUACUUUAUAAAGUGCUUGAUCUGAUCCCAGCACUCAGGAGGCAGAGGUGGAUGGAUCUCGAGUUCGGGGCCAGCCUUGAACAAAGCAAGUCCGUAUGUAAGUGAUGUGAACCUGUGAACCAGUGCCAGGAGGCAGAGAUACAACCCCUGUUGUAUUGGAAUUUGCUUCGCAUAUGAGAUAGAUGUGACAAAUUGAAGGCGAUAAUUAUCUCUAUUGAUUAAUAAUUACUAGGCUUAUGUCUCUUUAUCUUAGUACACUGGAGACUGAAGCAGGAAAGCCUGAGUUCAGCUUGACCUUUGUAGGAAGUAACAGGCUGGCCUUCUCUGCAUGGUGGGAUGCUGCCCCAGCCCUCUUUCCUAAAACUCUGAAUUAAUGAAGCUUUCUUUACUAGUGUUUUGAAAUGCCAGUCUACCAAGCUUACCUCCUGUAUGUGUAUACUGACCUAUAGGUUAUAUUUAGUUGUGCAAAUUGUGACUUUGGUUGCUUUCUAAUAAUUGUUCAUGUUUGUCAUUACAAGAAUCAUGCUUAUUGUGUGUGUAAAGCUUUAUUUCUUGUCAUUAUUUUCAUACUUUGCAUUUUAAUUAAGAGUGCUUAUCCCUUUAUCAUGUUGUGGGUCAUUUUUUCCUGUCAUUUAUACCCAAGGAGAAGAAGUUUGAUGUACAAGGUAGAUAUAAUAAGGAGUUCAUAGCAGUAAUUAAAAGACUGUAUUGAAAUAAGCAUGUGAAGUGUAGCUUCUUUACCUCCCCUCUCUUGGUUUGCUGUAGUAAACUUUGUGCACCAUGUGGAUGAGAGUGACAGGCACUGGGAAGAGAGGCUGGGAGGAGGACUGCUUCCUGGGUCCAGGGCGUACAGGGCUACAAGCCUGGCUCAGUGGUUUGAACAAAGGUGAAAAUGGCCACUCUUUACUGUUGAGCCAUCUCUCCAGCCCCUCCACUUCACUUUCUACUUCCCUUUUACUUAGCUACCAGUUCCUUUGUCAGUAACCUUGACUACUAGAAUAAUGAAGUGUUUGUCUAAUUUGCAUGACAACUUCUAGGUCCAUCCAUUCUAUAGCUUCUGUCAAAAAUAAUUUAGUUCCUCUUACUGGUGCUUUAUUAGUUUUCAAAAUUUUGUUGAUUGGCUUGAAAAGUUAUCCAGGCCAGGCAUAGAGGCACACACCUUUAAUCCCACCAUUUGGGAGGCAGAGGCUGGCAGAUCUCUUAAGUUUGAGGCUGGUCUGGUCUUCAUGGUGAGUUCUAGGAUAGCCUGUAGUGAGAUCCUGUCUCAAUAAGAAAGAAAAGAAAGGUUAUUCUAGUUGACUAUGUCAGCAUUGUCUUGAGUAAACAGCGGUGUUGCUAAGCAACCUUGCCUCUGCAUUAGAGGGUCGUGGUUUUGGCGUGCGCAUACCAGGAUGUUGGUGUCUCAUUGGUUUCGGAGACCUGUUCUUUUUGCAGAAAGACCUUUGUUGAAUUUUGGAUUUGCUUCUGACUUACUUAGAGCUUCUCAUUAUAUUCUUAUUACAUACAUUAAACGUUCUGGAGUGCUCCUCCAUAUUGCUCACCUUUUCUCCCGUCCUAGCCAUUUCUAAAAUGUUUCUCCUCUGUAUUCUGUCGUAUACAUGCUGGGUUUUGUUUGCUUUAUUCUUUUAGGAAGCUUUACUCUUCUUUGCUUGUCUAGUGGUUUUCUCCUUAUUGUCCUCUCUUUGCUCAUUAAUAAGAUCUCCCUCUGCAUACAAACUGGCCUGGAACCUGCCACAGUCUUCCAAGUGCUGGAGUGGGCAUAUCCCACUAUGCCCACAUUAAUUAUGAGUGGAGUUGGUUUUGUCAGUUUGUUUUAGGUCCUUGUUGAAGAAAGGGAUGUACUAUCACAGGUGCUUAACUAGUUUGCAAACUGUCGCUUAGGGUGAGUGAAGAGGGAGUCAGAAGUCAAGACUUUGGUUUUCUGGGCUCAUCUAGAGCUGACAGGAAGUGGAUUUUCCCAGUGUUGGUGACUACUGUCCAAACAGUGUGCAUGCUGUUGUCAUUUCAUCCCGCUUAGGGGAGCUGCAGGAAACACAGGCUUCCUUUAAAGAUGAGGUGAGUUAGCAGGGAGUAUGAAUGUCUUCAAGGACUCUUCAAACAUGCAUGCCUGCAGGGCUUAGCAGAGACUACAGCAGACCUGUUUAGCCUAAAUGUAAUGUUUAAUUAGCUCUUGUGCAUUUUCUACAAAUGUGAAUCUGUGCUUCUUGCUUAGUUUGCUAAUUCCUUAGGCUUUAUUGAUUGCUAACAGUGCACCUACUUACAGCAUUUUCCUCUCCCCUCCUCCAUGGACCACUUUACCUACUCUGUGGGUUGAAGUUUUAGGGAAAUCAACAUUUUAAAGUAUAUGGUUGAUAGACAAGUUAUGGCCUCUGAGGAAAAAGAAAAUCUUAAGGAUAAUUUAAGUAAGCAAAGUAAGUUUGUAAAAUUGUAAAAUAUAUAAUGAAUCUUUCUAGUUUUUAGAGAAUACUC